AUGGAACAUAAACUACAACAGAGGGACAAAAACAGGCCCAGCUACUUUGGCAACGUCAAGACCAGGUCAGACCUGCGAUUAAACCGUUUAUUGGCUAAAAAUUAAGAAAAGCACUGCUUAGACUUGUUGUGAGUGAUGCAUUGUUUAGUUAUUCCCAGAAUGUGUCAGCCUGUACAGUGUUUCUCUCCCGAGAUGAAGUGUUGAGGUGAAGGGAGCACUGCAGCACAAAACACGCGAUGUACCGUAUACAGCACUCAUCACCAUUUUUUUAUAUAGUCACUCUUGUGAAUGUACUUCUCCUUUGAAAAAACAAACACAAACAGUCAUGGGCAUUACGUGGGAGAGAGGAGUGCAGGUGCUUGCCAGGAACAGCAACAGCCUAUUCCGAACUCCCACAAUCCUGCAUGAAUCAACAAAAUAUAAACGCAACAUGCAACAAUUUCAAAGAUUUUACUGAGUUACAGUUCAUAUAAGGAAAUCAGUCAAUUGAAAUAAAUUCAAUAGGCCCUAAUCUAUAGAUUUCACAUGACUGGGAAUACAGAUAUGCAUCUGUUUGUCACAGAUACCUUUAAAAAAAAAGUAGGGGCGUCGAUCCAGAGCAUUCCAAACAUGCUCAAUGGGUGACAUGUCUGGUGAGUAUGCAGGCCAUGGAAGAACUAGGCCAUGGAAGAACUGCAACAUUUUCAGCUUCCAGGAAAUAUGUACAGAUCCUUGCGACAUGGGGCCGUGCAUUAUCAUGCUAAAACAUGAGGUGAUGGCGGCGGAUGAAUGGCAUGACAAUGGACCUCAGGAUCUUGUCACGGUAGCUCUGUGCAUUCAAAUUGCCAUCGAUAAAGUGCAAUUGUGUUUGUUGUCCAUAGCUUAUGCCUGCCAAUACCAUAACCCCACCGCCACCAUGGGUCACUCUGUUCACAACGUUGACAUCAGCAAACCGCUCGCCCACACGAUGCCAUACACGCUGUUGCCAUCUGCCCUGUACAGUUGAAACUGGGAUUCAUCUGUGAAGAGCACACUUCUCCAGCGUGCCAGUGGCCAUCGAAGGUGAGCAUUUACCCACUGAAGUCGGUUACGACGCCGAACUGUAGUCAGGUCAAGACCCUGGUGAGGACAACGAGCACACAGAUGAGAUUCCUUGAGACAGUUUUUGACAGUUUGUGCAGAAAUUCUUUGGUUGUGCAAACCCACAGUUUCAUCAGCUGUCCGGGUGGCUCGUCUCAGACCAUCCCGCAGGUGAAGAAUGCAGAUGUGGAAAUCCUGGGCUGGCGUGGUUACAUGUGGUCUGCGGUUGUGAGGCCAGUUGGACAUACUGCCAAAUUUUCUAAAAUGACGUUGGAGGCGGCUUAUGGUAGAGAAAUGAACAUUACAUUCUUUGGCAACAGCUCUGGUGGACAUUCCUUCAGUCAGCAUGCCAAUUGCACGCUCCCUCAAUUUGAGACAUCUGUGGCAUUGUGUUGUGUGACAAAACAGCACAUUUUAGAGUGGCUUUUUAUUGUCCCCAGCACAAGGUGCACCUGUGUAAUAUUAUGCUGUUUAAUCAGCUUCUUGAUAUGCCACAGCUGUCAGGUGUAUGGAUUAUCUUUGCAAAGUAGAAAUGCUCACUAAAAGGGAUGUAAACAAAUUUGUGAACAAAAUUUGAGAGAAAUAAGCUUUUUGUGCGUAUGGAACAUUUCAAGGAUUUUUUAAUUUCAGCUCAUGAAACAUGGGACCAACACUUUACAUGUUGCGUUCAUAUUUUUGUUCAGUAUAUCACUUUUCUUUUUUAUAUGCCAGGCAAAAUCAUAGAGAAUCAUAGCUGAUUGCCUCAAAAGGGUAUCAACUCAGGUGACACACAAUUUCUACUCUAACCCUAACCGAUAUAAAUAGGGUCAGUAGUCUUCCCUACCACCAGUAUCCCUUCUGUUCUGACUCCCCACCAGACUGGGGUCCAAGCUCCCUCCUGGUGUCGCUCAGCCCCCCGGCCUCAUCGCAGGCCCCUCGGAGACAGGGCCUCAGACCGGCCCAACCAAGGAGGCCAGGGGCAGCGGUCAGUCCCACCGUGCCGUGGGGCGUCCCCUUGACCACGUCCGCCACAUCCGGAACCCCCAACUGCGCCAGUAUUACCUCCAAGGUGAGGUAUCUCUUAACAUGGUUAUAUAGAUAUCUAGGACAGCCUGUGCUUUGUUUGCCCCAGUAGGGGCUUGGUAGCUGCAGUAGUUCCAUAUCCAAUUAUUUAUAUGGCGUUUAUAAAUGUGUUGUGUAUUUUCGUCGCAAACAACCUACAGAAUGACAGAUAACACACUUAAAGGAAGGUUGGUAAGGAGAAUUCCUCUCUAGCAUUUAUUCAACUUAUGAGGAAUUGCAACACUGCAGCUAGGAAUGACAAUUAUACAACAUACAGUACCAGUCAAAAGUUUGGACACACCUACUCAUUCAGAAUAUUAGUGAAGACAUCGAAACUAUGAAAUAACACAAAUGGAAUCAUGUAGUGACCAAAAAAGUGUUAAACAAAUCAAAAUAUAUUUGCCACCCUUUGCCUUGAUGACUGCUUUGCACACUCUUGGCAUUCUUUCAACCAGCUUCACCUGGAAUGCUUUUCCAACAGUCUUGAAGGAGUUCCCAAAAAUGCUGAGCACUUGUUGGCUGCUUUUCUUUCACUCUGCCGUCCGACUCAUCCCAAACCAUCUCAAUUGGGUUGAGGUCGGGGGAUUGUGGAGGCCAGGUCAUCUGAUGCAGCACUCCAUCACUCUCCUUCUCUCUCUUCUUCUAAUUGGUGUCCUUUAGAAGUGCUUUCUUUGCAGGAAUUCAACCAUGAAGGCCUGAUUCACACAGUCCCCCCUGAACAGUUGAUGUUGAGAUGUGUCUGUGACUUGAACUCUGUGAAGCAUUUAUUUGGGCUGUAAUUUCUGAGGCUGGUAACUCUAAUGAACUUAUCCUCUGCAGCAGCGGUAACUCUGGGUCUUCCAUUCCUGUGGCGGUCCUCAUGAGAGCCAGUUUCAUCAUAGUGCUUGAUGGUUUUUGCGACUGCACUUGAAGAAACUUUCCAAGUUCUUGAAAUGUUCUUUAUUGACUGACUUUCAUGUCUUAAAGUAAUGUUGGACUGUGUUUUCGCUUUACUUAUUUGAGCUGUUCUUGCCAUAAUAUGGACUUGGUCUUUUACCAAAUAGAGCUAUCUUCUGUAUACCCCCCUACCUUGUCACAACACAACUGAUUGGCUCAAACGCAUUAAGAAGGAAAGAAAUUCCACAAAUUAACUUUUAGCAAGGGACACCUGUUAAUUGAAAUGCAUUACAGGUGACUACCUCAUGAAGCUGGUUGAGAGAAUGCCAAGAGUGUGCAAAGCUGUCAUCAAGGCAAAGGGGGGCUAUUUGAAGAAUCUCAACGCUUAGUGGUUAAGAGCGUUGUACCAGUAACCGAAAGGUCGCUGGUUCUAAUCCCCAAGCCGACUAGGUGAAAAAUCUGUCGAUGUGCCCUUGAGCAAGGCACUUAACCCUAAUUGCUCCUGUAAGUCGCUCUGGAUAAGAGCGUCUGCUAAAUGACCAAUUUAUUUUAAUUUAAUUUAACUGUAGAGGUGCAAGUUUUGUAAUAAGUUGCUCGGUUUCACACUAGGAAACAAUUAUCCAAGAACUGUAGAGAUUGCAAGAUGCCUUCUGCCUCACGUAUUCUAUAUUGUAGUAUUUCUUUAGGAUUAUAUUCAGUACCGAGGGCACUGACACAGAACUUUGAUAUUCUCUUUUGGGAUUUUACUUCUGGUCUAGGUUGUAGCACACAAACACUCACAUACACACACACAGUGUGUCAGCGCGAACACAGCUGCUUUGUUGCAGUCAGGCCUGACGUUCAAGGAGAAACCUCAGUACCUUUAAUACAUCUCCAAAACAUCCAUAAUGUCUCAUGUGCCUCAGGAGAUGCCACAUUUUGUAAAGAUGCACGCCACAUACAGGGCUAGAUUUAAGGGAGUUAUUUUGCAUGAGUUAAAAUGAUAUACAGGACCACAAACAAGUAGAUUCGGAGAAACAGCUGUUGUAUUUCAGGAGCAGAGAGAAUUGGUGGAAAGAGUCAUCAUCCAUUGCUUAUCAACGCAAUGUUUUUACAUCUUGCCUUCGUAGAGGCUACAUGGCUACCAGAGCGCGCCACAGCUAAAUCCAAGGAAGAGGGUCAACCAUCUGAUGACAAAGCAGACUGUAUGGUGAGUCACAAUCUCAUGUAGACCUACUCGUAGCUCAAUAAUGAUAACAUGUUUAAGACCGGCUGUACCCACACACUUGAUAACCAAUACAUUGCAUAAUACUGUAUAUAUGGCAUUGAAAGAUGCUGAUAAAGAUGUUCAAAGGUCAGACAAGCUGUAUUUCAGUGAAACAGUGUUCAGAGAUCAGUCCCAGAUCUUCCCUAUUUCAAUGGGUAUCCACAGGUAUAUUCAGAAGCUCUACAACAAUUAUAAUGGGAGGACAGUGUGUUCCAAGGUAUGUGUUGAAAAUAAAUGCUGGUAAUUCUAUUAUAUACAGAUUUAGAAGCUUCUAUUACUACAGCUUUUAAAUGUUUUUAUCAGAUCAUGUCUUUCGUAAAGCAUAUAUGGAUAUGUGGAACUACUGUAGUAACCUAAAUGUACUUAAAAUCAAGGCAAAACCAUGUAUUCAUGUAUAGAAAAUCCCCAUCUAAUGCAUUUCUGUCUAGAAAAUAUACAAUGCCAGUCAAAAUGUUGGACACACCUACUUAUUCCAGGGUUUUUCUUUAUUUUUACUAUUUUCUACAUUGUAGAAUAAUAGUGAAGACAUCAAAACAAUGAAAUAACACAUGGAAUAAUGUAGUAACCAAAAAAGUGUUAAACAAAUCAAAAUAUAUUUUAUAUUUGAGAUUCUUCAAAAAGCCACCUUUUGCAUGAUGACAGCUUUGCGCACUCUUGGCAUUCUCUCAACCAGCUUCAUGAGGUAGUCACCUGGAAUGCAUUUCAAUUAACAGUUGUGCCUUGUUAAAGGUUAAUUUGUGGAAUUUCUUUCCUUAAUGCGAUUGAGCCAAUCAGUUGUGUUGUGACAACGUAGGGGGGUAUACAGAAGAUAGCCCUGUAGCUCAGUUGGUAAAGCAUGGCGCUUGCAAUGCCAGGGUUGUGGGUUCGAUUCCCACGGGGGGCCAGUAUGAAAAAUGUAUGCACUCACUAACUGUAAGUCGCUCUGGAUAAGAGCGUCUGCUAAAUGAUUAAAAUGUAAAAUGUAAAUGUAAAAGACCAAGUCCAUAUUAUGGCAAGAACAGCUCAAAUAAGCAAAGAGAAACGACAGUCCUCAUUACUUUAAGACAUGAAGGCCAGUCAAUCCGGAAAAUGUCAGAAUUCGCAAAAACCAUCAAGCGCUAUGAUGAAACUGGUUCUCAUGAGGACCACCACAGGAAUGCAAGUCCCAGAGUUACCUUUCUGCUGCAGAGGAUAAGUUCAUUAGAGUUACCAGACUCAGAAAUUGCAGCCCAAAUAAAUGCUUCACAGAGUUCAAGUAACAGACACAUCUCAACAUCAACUGUUCAGAGGAGACUGUGUGAAUCAGGCCUUCAUGGUUGAAUUCCUGCAAAGAAACCACUACUAAAGGACACCAAUAAGAAGAAGAGACUUGCUUGGGCCAAGAAACACGAGCAAUGGACAUUAGACCGUGGGAAUUUGUCCUUUGGUCUGGAGGCCAAAUUGGAGAUUUAUGGUUCCAACCACCGUGUCUUUGUGAGACGCGGUGUGGGUGAACGGAUGAUCUCCGCAUGUGUAUUUCCCACCGUAAAGCAUGGAGGAGGAGGUGUUAUGGUGUGUGGGUGCUUUGCUGGUGACACUGUCUGGGAUUUAUUUAGAAUUCAGGGCACACUUAACCAGCAUGGCUACCACAGCAUUCUUCAGCGAUACGCCAUCCCAUCUGGUUUGGGCUUAGUGGGACUAUCAUUUGUUUUUCAACAGGACAAUGAGCCAACACACCUCCAGGCUGUGUAAGGGCUAUUUUACCAAGAAGGAGAGUGAUGGAGUGCUGCAUCAGAUGACCUGGCCUCCACAAUCCCCUGACCUCAACCAAAUUGAGAUGGUUUGGGAUGAGUCGGACAGCAGAGUGAUGGAAAAGUAGCCAACAAGUGCUCAGCAUAUGUGGGAACUCCUUCAAGACUGUUGGAAAAGCAUUCCAGGUGAAGCUGGUUGAGAGAAUGCCAAGAGUGUGCAAAGCUGUCAAGGCAAAGUGGGGCUAUUUGAAGAAUUUAUUUAACACUUUUUUUGGUUACUACAUGAUUCCAUAUGUGUUAUUUCAUAGUUUUGAUGUCUUCACUAUUAUUCUACAAUGUAGAGAAUAGUAAAAAUAAAGAAAAACCCUUGAAUGACCCUUGAACUUUUGACCAGUAGUGUACAUACAUACAGUACAUACAUACAGUAUAUGACACUGGUAACUCCCUGCUCUGUCCCUGUAUCUGCAUUCAAAUAAAAUCAAAUUUUAUUUGCCACAUGCGCCGAAUACAACAGGUGUAGACAUUACAGUGAAAUGCUUACUUACGAGCCCUUAACCAACAAUGCAGUUUUGUUAAGAAAAAGUAAAAUAAAUAAAAAGUGUUAAGUAAAAAAAUUUAAGCAAAUAACUAAAGAGCAGCAGUAAAAUAAAAUAACAGUAAGGAGGCUAUAUACAGGGGGGUACUGGUACAUAGUCAAUGUGCGGGGGCACCGGCUAGUCGAGGUAAUUGAGAUAAUAUGUACAUGUGGGUAGAGUUAAAGUGACUAUGUAUAAAUAAUAAACAGAGUAGCAGCAGCGUAAAGGAGGGGGAUGGGGUGGGGGGGCAGUGUAAAUAGUCCGGGUAGCCAUGAUUAGCUGUUCAGGAGUCUUAUGGCUUGGGGGUAGAAGCUGUUGAGAAGCCUUUUGGACCUAGACUUGGGUCUAGGUCCAAAAGGAGAACAGUCUCUAGAGAGAACAGUCUCUGACUAGGGUGGCUGGAGUUUUUGACCAUUUUUAGGGCCUUCCUCUGACACCGCCUGGUAUAGAGGUCCUGGAUGGCAGGAAGCUUGGCCCCAGUGAUGUACUGGGCCGUAGCACUACCCUCUGUAGUGCCUUGCGGUCGGAAGCCGAGCAGUUGCCAUACCAGGCAGUGAUGCAACCAGUCAGGAUGCUCUCGAUGGUGCAACUGUGGAACUUUUUGAGGAUCUGAGGACCCAUGCCAAAUCUUUUCAGUCUCUUGAGGGGGAAUAGGCUUUGUCGUGCCCUCUUCACGACUGUCUUGGUGUGUUUGGACCAUGAUAGUUUGUUGGUGAUGUGGACACCAAGGAACUUAAAGCUCUCAACCUGUUCCACUACUGAACCUUCUCCUUACUCAACAUGUGACACUGUGAAAUGUGACAGAAAUGUGACAGAAAUAACACGUAACACACUAAUUGCAGGCCUGCGGGUAUGAUCAGCUUCAUACCAUUUGAUGAGAAACUGGACAAAAUGUACAUCGUGAUCUUUUAUCUCCAUACGUGUAUUUUCCUUCCAGUAUAAUGAUCAAACGUCAGCGUAGUGACAUAAUAUGUUGCUAUUUUGUUUGUACCUUCCACUAUGGAUUUGACAUGCAAAGUGAGUGACAGAGAAUAGCCUUCACCACAUAGCCUUCUGAGAAAACCUAUUUGCAUUGUUACCAAUCAUGCGUCCAGCAGGCUACAGAUGAGACCGCAGAUGUGAAGUUCACAGUUAGAAAGAGGAAGUGGGAGGUCCUAGACUGGGCAGAGUAUUAUUAACAGCAGUGAGUGAGUGUGUGUUGUUCUGUUCUGUGUUGUGAUGUUUCUCCGCGCUUCCAUUUUGAAGCACCUCCGCGUUCCCAGGAGUAAAGGCUCUGGCCAAGGCUCAUCUCCCGUGGCGACGUACCCUGACCCCAACCUCAGGCUGGGGCCAGAUUUGGACACUGUCCCAGGGCUUUCUCCGGCCCCAUCGGCCAGCCCACACUCCCCGUCACCGGACGCAGAAUAUGACAAACUACUGGUAAGGAUAAUUUGGAUAAAUGGAUAAAUCUAUUCCACAAUCCAUACAGAACAGGAAGUACAUUUAACAAUGUUUUUAAAUGAUUUAACCAUGCUUUCCUGUCUCUUGUCAGGCCUUUAAUGGAGUGUGCUUUUGGUGUGGUGAAACUUGUUAAGAGCGGCUAAAUUAGCUUAGCGGAGCUGAAAUUGUUCAAUAGAAACGAGAGUCAAUGCAGGACUGGAAAAACUCUUAGCUAUUGGCAAUGAUUGAUUGUUUCUUCAAAUGCUGUUCUUUUGGAAGCUGCUUAGUCAGCUUUCAAUUUAAAGCACUGUUUUAAUGAGUGGAGAAUGCCUGCUUUAAACACUGCGCUAACUGAAGUCGGGGGGAUCAAAAAAAGGGAAUUUCCUCUGCUGUGUUAAAAACUGUGCUUGCUUUGAUUCUCAUAGGAUGUGGAGGCGGUGCCAAUGCCUGAUGGACAGCUCUGCCUACUGGCCCUCCCACCUGAGUGUUCCCUGGGGGAGGGGCCAGCUGCCAUGCCGUGCCUCAAGCUCUUCUGCCGCUACAUCACUGACCGCAAGGUGGGUGGAGACGAGUCAUUCUCACUCAUUCCUCUCUAACCUCUUGCUGACCUCUGUUUCACCACCAACUCACCUCUCUCACCACCCACUCACCACCUGUACUGCACUGACACAAAUGACUGAUGAUUGACUGAAAGACAUUGGUAAUAAGAAGAUUGUAGGAGCUGUAUUGUUAGACUUCAGUGCAGCCUUUGAUAUUAUUGACCAUAAUCUGUUCUUGGAAAAACAUAUGUGCUAUGGCUUUACAUCCUCUACCGUAUUAUGGGUUGAGAGAUAUCUAUCCAAUAGAACACAGAGGGUUUUAUUUAAUGUAAGCUUCUUUAAUGUAAAACAUGUCAAGGGUGGCAUUUCGCAAGGCAUCUCUCUUGGCACUCUAAUGAUCUACCACUAGCAUGUCACCUUACACUGUAAAUUGUCAUGGUCAAGGCAUAUUGAUUCAAUUGUUGUAGAGAUACUCAGCAUUUUCUAACACCACAGUUGACCAAAAAAGUCACGCAGGAUCUAGUUUGAUCUAAUCUUGACUAUUGCCCGGUGAUAUGGUCAAGUGCUCCAUGUCACCCCGCUCCUCAUGUCACCCCGCUCCUCCGUACACUCCACUGGCUUCCGGUUGAAGCUCGCAUCUACUACAAAACCAUUGUACUUGCCUACGGAGCUGUGAGGGGAACGACACCUCCUUACCUUCAGGCUCUGAUCAGUCCCUACACCCAAACGAGGGCACUAUGUUCAUCCACCUCUGGCCUGCUAGCCCCUACCUCUACGGAAGCACAGUUCCCGCUCAGCCCAGUCAAAGCUAUUCGCUGCUCUGGCACCCCAAUGGUGGAACAAGCUCCCUCACGAUGCCAGGACAGCGGAGUCACUGACCACCUUCCCGAGACACUUGAAACUUUACCUCUUUAAGGAAUACCUGGAAUAGUGUAACAGUAAUCCUUCUAAUUUUUACAAUUGAGACAUGGAUUGUGUAUGUUGUCAUUCAGAGGGUGAAUGGCAAGACAGAAAAUGUAAGUGCUUUUGAACAGGGUAUGGUAGUAGGUGCCAGGCGCACCAGUUUAAGUGUGUCAUGAACUGCAACGCUGCUGGGUUUUUCACGCUCAACAGUUUCCCGUGUGUAUCAAGAAUGGUCCACCACCCAAAGGACAUCCAGCCAAUUUGACACAACUGUGGGAAGCAUUGAAGUCCACAUUGGCCAGUAUCCCUGUGGAACGCUUUCGACACCUUGUAGAGUCCAUGCCCCGACGAAUUUAGUCUGUUCUGAGGGAAAAAUAGGGGGGAUGCAACUCAAUAUUAGGAAGGUGUUCUUAAUGUUUUGUUCACUCAGUGUAUAUGUACUAAUGUAUGUGUGUAACUGUCCGUAUAACCUUUUUUGGUUCUAUUGUUCUUAUUUAAAAUGUGUGUAGUUCUGUCCUUGAGCAGUUCUUGUCUAUUGAUGUUCUGUAUUAUGUCAUGUUUCAUGUUUUGUGUGGAUCCCAGGAAGAGUAGCUGCUGCUUCAGAAACAGCUAAUGGGUAUCCUAAUAAAAUACAAAAAAUACCUGCUCAUCUCUCUCACCACCCACUCAUCUAUCUCAUCUCUCUCCUCUCUCACCAUCCACUCAUCUAUCUCAUUUCUCACCUCUUUCUUCAUAUGCUCACCUGUCUCUCACCCCUCUCUCUCUCUCACCAGGGUGUGGUUUCUGGUAUCUUGCUGGUGACGUCCAAUAAGAUGUUCUUUGACCCGUGUAAGACUCACCCGUUGGUGAUAGAGCACGGCUGUGAGGAGUACCUGCUGUCCUGCUCAGUGGACAGCCUGGCCUCGGUCUCCUUCUACUCUGACAUCUCCCACGUGCACUUUAACUCCUCCACACACAGGUCAGCACUGAAUGACUAUGUGCACGUUCAAGGCACACACCGAUUUGGUGCAGCUCUGCACAAAUCAACAUAUCUUCACAAUGCCUGGGAAGGCGUUUUAAUUUAUGAGGUCACUAUAAUGAUUCUAUAUUCUGCGCAGACCUGUGUCAAAUUGGUGUGUCUGGAAUACGCACUAUGACUGGUUUAGUGUGGGUCUUUGACAUUUUAGUUUGUUACAAAACAAGUAGAGAAUCAUUGUACCAUCUAAACCACUGUGAAAUAUAUUUUCAAUAACCAAAAAUAUUGUAUUUUCAGCUGUUUGAAGCUGGUGCACAAAACCGAAAGUAAAAGACACAAAAACUAAACUUAAGAACGGGAAGCAUAGAAAUAGCGCACAUAGAACAGAUCUACCACUUCUUAGACUUGCUUUCAAUGACAAUGACAGAUCUAUAACUCACAUUUUCUAUGUGAAUUUGGUCAGGUCUCCCAAAAAGUUAACAUAUGUUGCAGCUUUAAAUACUGUAUAAUCUCUGAAAUCUAGCAGUGGAAAUGGGGUAUACGAUAUGAUACAAUAUACUUUAUUGUCCAUUUACAUGGAAAUUCAUUUUGUGAAUCCAGCAUACACAAGAAAACAAUACACUAUAAUACAUAUCUGUCCUAUGUCCCAUUGUUCAGCAUCCUACAUCUGUCCCAUGGCCCACUGUCACUUUCAGGCAAUCCUACAUUGUCCAUGGCCCAUUUCAGCAUCCUAACAAUCUGUCCUAUGGCCCAUGUUCAGCAUCCUACAUCUGUCCUAUGGCCCACUGUUCAGCAUCCUACAUCUGUCCUAUGGCCCACUGUUCAGCAUCCUACAUCUGUCCCAUGGCCCACUGUUCAGCAUCCUCCAUCUGUCCUAUGGCCCACUGUUCAGCAUCCUACAUCUGUCCAUGGCCCACUGUUCAGCAUCCUCAUCUGUCCUAUGGCCCACUGUUCAGCAUCCUCACAUCUGUCCUAUGGCCCACUGUUCAGCAUCCUACAUCUGCCCCAUGGCCCACUGUUCAGCAUCCUCAUCUGUCCUAUGGCCCACUGUUCAGCAUCCUACAUCUGUCCUAUGGCCCACUGUUCAGCAUCCUCCAUCUGUCCUAUGGCCCACUGUUCAGCAUCCUACAUCUGUCCUAUGGCCCACUGUUCAGCAUCCUACAUCUGUCCUAUGGCCCACUGUUCAGCAUCCUACAUCUGUCCAUGGCCCACUGUUCAGCAUCCUACAUCUGUCCCAUGGCCCACUGUUCAGCAUCCUCCAUCUGUCCCAUGGCCCACUGUUCAGCAUCCUACAUCUGUCCUAUGGCCCACUGUUCAGCAUCCCCAUCUGUCCUAUGCCCACUGUUCAGCAUCCUCCAUCUGUCCUAUGGCCCACUGUUCAGCAUCCUCAUCUGUCCUAUGGCCCACUGUUCAGCAUCCUCAUCUGUCCUAUGGCCCACUGUUCAGCAUCCUACAUCUGUCCCAUGGCCCACUGUUCAGCAUCCUACAUCUGUCCAUGGCCCACUGUUCAGCAUCCUACAUCUGUCCUAUGGCCCACUGUUCAGCAUCCCCAUCUGUCCUAUGGCCCACUGUUCAGCAUCCUCCAUCUGUCCUAUGGCCCACUGUUCAGCAUCCUCCAUCUGUCCUAUGGCCCACUGUUCAGCAUCCUCCAUCUGUCCUAUGGCCCACUGUUCAGCAUCCUCCAUUUGUCCUAUGGCCCACUGUUCAGCAUCCUCCAUCUGUCCCAUGGCCCACUGUUCAGCAUCCUCCAUCUGUCCUAUGGCCCACUGUUCAGCAUCCUACAUCUGUCCCAUGGCCCACUGUUCAGCAUCCUACAUCUGUCCUAUGGCCCACUGUUCAGCAUCCUACAUCUGUCCUAUGGCCCACUGUUCAGCAUCCUACAUCUGUCCCAUGGCCCACUGUUCAGCAUCCUCCAUCUGUCCUAUGGCCCACUGUUCAGCAUCCUGAUGGCCAUCAGAAUGGAACUUGCCCUGCUCUUAUUCUUGCUGAACAGUGGGACCUUGUAUCUCCUUUCAGAGGGCAGCAGCUCUAAACAUUGGACAAUAUUGUGUGUAGAGUCCUCUAUGAUGCGCCUGGCCUUGUUCCUUGCCUGUCUAUCAUAGCCAAUGAAAUUGCCCCUUGGACAUCUAUGAUAUCAAGGAAUGUUUGUUGGGUCAGAUAUUGCAGAACAUGCAACAUACACUGAGGAUACUAAAAAUUAGGAACAUCUUCCUAAUAUUGAGUUGCACACCCCCAUUAAUUGUGUCUUGCCCAUUCACUCUCUGAAUGACACACGUACACAGUCCAUAUCUCAAAUGUUUCGAGGCUUAAAAAUCCUUCUUUAAUCUGUCUCCUCCCCUUUAUCUACACUGAUUGAAGUGGAUUUAACAAGGGAUAUCAAUAAGGGGUCAUAGAAUUCACCCGGAUUCACCUGGGCAGUCUAUAUCAUGGAAAGAGUAGGUGUUCUUAAUGUUUUGUACACUGUGUACAUAGAAACAACACAACCAUCCCAAUGCAAGUAACCAAACAACAUUGGUUGUUUUUCUGUUACUAGGUGGAAAGGAACUAAAAACAUACAGAAAGCUGGCUCCAAAACUGGCAAGACGCUCCAGGAGGGUGGGCGGCUAAGUCGCAGUAGCCCUCCACACCACAAGGGGGAGACUGUCCCAGCACUGGUGUCUGCUGCUACGUUGGAGCUGAGGUCUGCCCUGGCUCUGAGCCUGGUCCAGGGGGUCUCUGAGGAGGAGAAGAGCAGUGACAUGGCUGAGUGGCAGCUGGAGGGGAAGGGUAGUCCGCUGGAGGAGCUGGUUAUGCAGUCAUCCGGGGCUGUGGGAGUAGCCGUGUUGAGCAGUACUGCCACCUUCUGUUGUGGAGGACAGGAGGCAGCAGGGACAAGGAUGGAGCUGGUGGACAGAGAGGGGAUGGAGAAGCAACAGUCUGUGAGGAAUCAGACACCAGGUAAGGAAAGGAAUCAAGUCAAUAGGUUUAUAUCAUGGUUUUAUCCCAAGCAGUAUUGUUUAGUUGAGGCCUGCUUGAUGUUUGUACAAAGAUGGAGGUAUCAUAACAAAUGCUUCCCACUCUCUUUUUCUUUCUGUCGGUUGCCACCCUCGCUCUCAUAAUUGUUCUCCAUCUUUCCCCCUCUCUUUCCCCCUUUCAAUCUCUCUCUCUCGCUGUCUCUCACUCGCUCUCUCACUCGCUCUCUCUCGUUCGCUCUUUCUCUCUCAUCCUCCCCCUCCCUCUUCUCCAGGCCCCUCUAGACUGUCUUCAGAGACUUCUGGCGGGCUGAUGUUCGUCAGGCUGCGACUCCAGCAGUCCGCUGGGAAGAAGAAGGGUGUGGCUGCAGGCUUGCUGCUGGGGACAAACAAAACCUUACCCCGGAGGGACUCCUGGUUCGCCUUCUCCCAGGAGAGGUAACCGUCUGCAGUCUGGAGCCACAGAAACAAACUGUUUUAGUUUAGCAUUAACAUUCCACUUACAUUCUGUGAACAUUAACACCUCACACUGACAAUGUCUAACAUUAACAUCAAGUUCAACAUGUCUCGUGUAGCAGUUUGAAUUGCUGAGGAAUGCUGAGGAAUGUAGAGACUUUAAGUUGUAACAUUUUUUUCUCAUUAAAAGUCGGUCAAAGGUCUUUAGCACUACAUUUUUCUGCUGUCCUGUCUUGUCGCCUGUAGCUCAGAUGAGCUCUACGCCUACCUGAGCCACUGGAGGCCUGACCUGUGCAUGCUGGAGGGAGGGUCAGAGGAGGGCGACGAAGAGGAGUUUGUACUGGUUGACGACAGGGAAGAGGAGGAGGAGGAAGAAGAAGAGGAGGUGUCCAAGAACCACGGGCGGACUGGGGAGGACUGGGAGGUAAGUCUGGAUUUUACUGGGGAGGACUGGGAGGUAAGUCUGGAUUUUACUGGGGAGGAUUGGGGAGUAAGUCUGGAUUUUACUGGGGAAGACUGGGAGGUAAGUGUGUAUUUUACUGGGGAAGACUGGGAGGUAAGUCUGGAUUUUCUGGGGAAGACUGGGAGGUAAGUGUGUAUUUUAUUGGGGAAAACUGGGAGGUAAGUGUGUAUUUUACUGGGGAAGACUGGGAGGUAAGUGUGUAUUUUACUGGGGAAGACUGGGAGGUAAGUGUGUAUUUUAUUGGGGAAGACUGGGAGGUAAGUGUGUAUUUUAUUGGGGAAGACUGGGAGGUAAGUCUGUAUUUUAGAGUCUUUGAGGAGAGUCAUAAAGAAAGGCCUGAUGGACAUACAGGUAUAGCGUUGACUAUAGCGUUAAGUAAAGACCCCUUGUGCACAUGUUUGCCUGGGGAAGUUUGGGCAACUGUUUAAAAGUUUGAGAAGUGUCUAGUUUAGGUGGGGUCAGGGGUUGUUGUUCGACAUGUGUGUGUCAAGGUUUGGCGAGAGUGGGAUUUUAAUGGGUUUAUAACUCGGUUGUGUGUCUUGUGUUGCAGCUGGUGACAGUGGAGGAUGGUAGUGGGAGACUCCUUCUGGACAUCGACAAAGAUCCAGAGGGACUGUGUGAGAUCGCAGCCCAGAGUCGCAUCUUAGACACAUCGCUUGUCAGAGAGGUGAGUGUGAGCACACAUUCACAGACAAAACACAUGUCAGAACUUCACAAAACACGCUCCGUCUCAUCUAAUCACACACACAUUCACAAUGGAAGAUCAUUCACAGAUCUCAUCCAUUCUUAGAUAAGAAAGAGACAUAAUUACUUAAUUAAUCCAAAAUGGGAAAUUAAUGACAGCUUCUCAUGACGUGUCGCUGGCCAGUGCCACACAUAUAGAAGAAAUUGCACACGUUACUCUUCUUGCCUCUAGUUCCACAAAUGCUUUGACUUGGUCCGGGGUUAAAGUUCAAUCCAGAGUCUAAAACUUAACCUGACUUUCCUACUUCUGCCUCAGGCUCCCUCGAGCAGUACUGGCCUUCAGUCAAACACAGUGCCAUUCAUUUACUGAACCUUCGUGCUGAGUAGAGUACCGACAAUAUUCUAAACCCCUACUGUGGCCAUGUCUCACGAAGGGGGUUAGGUAUGAAGGGGGUCAGGUAUGAAGGGGGUCAGGUAUGAAGGGGGUCAGGUAUGAGGUAGAACACUGGUAGUGACCUCCUGUGGAGAGAUUUAAAGUUCCAAUGCAGCCGUUUUUAUCUCAAUAUCAUAUAAUUUCUGGGUAACAAUUCAAAUCAAAUUUUAUUGGUCACAUACACAUAUUUAGCAGAUGUUUUUGUGGGUGUAGCGAAAUGCUUGUAAACAAUUAAGUACAAUUACAGUGAGGGAAAAAAGUAUUUGAUCCCCUGCUGAUUUUGUAAGUUUGCCCACUGACAAAGAAAUGAUCAGUCUAUCAUUUUAAUGGUAGGUUUAUUUGAACAGUGAGAGACAGAAUAACAAAAAAAAAUCCAGAAAAACGCAUGUCAAAAAUGUUAUAAAUUGAUUUGCAUUUUAAUGAGGGAAAUAAGUAUUUGACCCCCACUCAAUCAGAAAGAUUUCUGGCUCCCAGGUGUCUUUUAUACAGGUAACGAGCUGAGAUUAGUAGCUGUUACGUUCUCCCCUCGGGUUUAGUUCGUCUGAGGAGAAGACGUAAGUGCCUGCGCACACAAGGUAAAGUAGAUGGAUGGGGAAGAAAUGUGGGGUGUAAUGAGCUAAAAUAACCAGACAACAACCAGAUCUCAAGGUUAGCCCUCGGGGGACAUUUAGUAAGAUACUUAAAAUAUACAACACCCAUAAAGAAACAGUAAUGAAACAAAAAUCAAUCAAACAAACCAGGGAAGGUAAGAGAAGGGAAUAUUUGGGAACGGGGUCCAAUUAAUGAAAAUAAACAAAAGGUCCCUCUUCUACACACCUAAUCCUUCCUAUCACACUCUAAAUCCUAACCCACUUUCCUACCUGUUUACCAAAAAAUACAAGGGUGACACCCGCCCGGCUAACCUAGUGUGUAAAACAAUGGGUUAUCUACGUGGGAAUGUACACCCAUGGGCAGAUCUACCUUUCCCUUCUCCAGGACCUAGGUAGAGUGGAAUACAUCAGGAGGACCGGCUGGAACACAAACAAAGAUAAAUUAACACAACCAAACAGCCAAACAACAAGUGUCCGCUACCCCCCUCUUCGAGCUCACACGGUAAACAGGUAUACUCUCGUCAAUCAGCUACAGCUGCCAGGACUCCGGACCGAAGUAAAAACACGUCACACGUAACAGUAGCACACUCUUAAAGGGAGUGCUCCUAAUCUCGGCUUGUUACCUGUAUAAAAGACACCUGUCCACAGAAGCAAUCAAUCAAUCAGUUUCCAAACUCUCCACCAUGGCGAAGACCAAAGAGCUCUCCUUAGGAUGUCAGGGACAAGAUUGUAGACCUACACAAGGCUGGAAUGGGCUACAAGACCAUUGCCAAGCAGCUUGGUGAGAAGGUGACAACAGUUGGUGCGAAUAUUCGCAAAUGGAAGAAACACAAAAGACCUGUCAAUCUCCCUCGGCCUGGGGCUCCAUGCAAGAUCUCACCUCAUGGAGUUGCAAUGAUCAUGAGAACGGUGAGGAAUCAGCCCAGAACUACACAGGAGGAUCUUGUCAAUGAUCUCAAGGCAGCUGGGACCAUUGUCACCAAGAAAACAAUUGGUAACACACUACGCCGUGAAGGACUGAAAUCCUGCAGCGCCCGCAAGGUCCCCCUGCUCAAGAAAGCACAUAUACAUGCCCGUCUGAAGUUUGCCAACUGGGUGAAAGUGUUGUGGUCAGAUGAGACCAAAAUGGAGCUCUUUGGCAUCAACUCAAAUUGCCGUGUUUGGAGGAGGAGGAAUGCUGCCUAUGACCCCAAGAACACCAUCCCCACCGUCAAACAUGGAGGUGGAAACAUUAUGCUUUGGGGGUGUUUUUCUGCUAAGGGGACAGGACAACUUCACUGCAUCAAAGGGACGAUGGACGGGGCCAUGUACCGUCAAAUCUUGGGUGAGAACCUCCUUCCCUCAGCCAGGGCACUGAAAAUGGGUUGUGGAUGGGUAUUCAAGCAUGACAAUGACCCAAAACACACGGCCAAGGCAACAAACGAGUAGUUCAAGAAGAAGCACAUUAAGGUCCUGGAUUGGCCUAGCCAGUCUCCAGACCUUAAUCCCAUAGAAAAUCUGUGGAGGGAGCUGAAGGUUUGAGUUGCCAAACGUCAGCCUCAAAACCUUAAUGACUUGGGGAAGAUCUGCAAAGAGGAGUGGGACAAAAUCCCUCCUGAGAUGUGUGCAAACCUGGUGGCCAACUUCAAAAAACGUCUGACCUCUGUGAUUGCCAACAAGGGUUUUGCCACCAAGUACUAAGACAUGUUUUGCAGAGGGGUCAAAUACUUAUUUCCCUCAUUAAAAUGCAAAUCAAUUUAUAACAUUUUUUACAUGUGUUUUUCUGGAUGUUUUUGUUGUUAUUCUGUCUCUCACUGUUCAAAUAAACCUACCAUUAAAAUUAUAGACUGAUCAUGUCUUUGUCAGUGGGCAAACGUACAAAAUCAGCAGGGGAUCAAAUACUUUUUUCCCUCACUGUAUCUCCCUUUCUUUCCCCUUUUCACGUUAACACUUUAUUUUCCGCUCAUCUUAAACAUAAUAGGUGUCUAUUCUCCCCUCUCCCGCCACUCUUUCUCCUUCUCCAUCUUUCCGUCUUUCUCCAGCUCUCAGCGGAGCUGCCACCCAGGACAGUGGGCCACACGUGGCAGCUGGCUUACAGCACGUCUCGUCACGGCUCCAGCCUCAAGUCCCUCUACCGGAGGCUGAACGGCAGCGACUCGCCUGUACUCAUGGUCAUUAAGGACUCGCUCAAUCAGGUGACCUUUCUAUGUACUCAGAUUUGUUAUUUUCAAGUUACAAACAACCCCCUAAUGUUCCACGCACCACCCUCAAUAUUUUGAAUAUCUGUCUGACUUAGGUGUAAGAGAUUACACAGAAGCGUGUGCCAUAGACUACCUGCUUUUCAUUUCAUUUGCACUAUUUACUUGGACACCCACAGGUCAAGAAUACUGUGGGGUUAGUUUGAAUAACAUACCGAUUUGCAUACAGAGUUUGUUGUGGUCACCUAAUGAAGUCCCCCAUUGUAUGACGUCUGUCUCGUUUGGUUACCAGAGGGUUGAGUUUUGGUUAAUGGUAGGUUUGUUUCUUUGUGCCCCAGGUGUUUGGGAGCUACCUCUCUCACCCACUGAGGCCGAGCGAGACCUUCUAUGGCACAGGAGAGACAUUCCUCUACAUGCUGCUUCCUCGCUUCAAGGUCAGCCAAGACACACACACACUAUGACUCACACACACACGCUAUGACACACACACACACUAUGACUCACACACACACACUAUGACUCACACACACACACACACUAUGACUCACACUGACUCACACACUAUGACUCACACACACACACACUAUGACUCACACACACACACACACACACUGACUCACACACACACACACACUGACUCACACACUAUGACUCACACACACACACUAUGACUCACACACACACACACACACUAUGACUCACACACACACACACUAUGACUCACACACACACACACUAUGACUCACACACACACACACUAUGACUCACACACACGCACUAUGACUCACACACACGCACUAUGACUCACACACACGCACUAUGACUCACACACACGCACUAUGACUCACACACACGCACUAUGACUCACACACACGCACUAUGACUCACACACACGCACUAUGACUCACACACACGCACUAUGACUCACACACACGCACUAUGACUCACACACGCACUAUGACACACACACACACACUGACACACACGCACUAUGAUACUGUCGUAGAAAUAUUUGACUCAAAAGUAGCCAACUCUAAAAUAUCUCUCAAGAAACUGGAGCUUGUGAUUCCAAAAUGUAGACUUUAUUAUUGCGUAACAAAGCCGAGCUGCUCCAUGGAACACCUGCCUCUCCUUGGCUCAAAGAUCUCCUUUUAUACAAAUACAAAUGCAUAGUCAUGCUUACAUAGAAUAUACAGUUACCCCCUUAAGGCAAAUUAUUAACUUCUUUCAGUGCCACACGUUGUUUUACUCACGAGGGCUACUUGCGCUUCUCUAAAUGGGGCCUCUGUAUCUUAUUAGUAGCGUGACUCAAAAAAUUAUGUACAUACGUACGUUAAAGAACAAUCACACUCUGUAUUGACUAUAUUCACUAUCCAGACAUGCAUCUGGAGUACAAAGUAUCAAUCAUGUUCAUUCUGUUUUACCCUUAAACUUUCAUAACACAUUAUAAAACAUAUCAAUUAAUACUUAAACAUGGUUUAAACAUGUAAUGGCCAUAACCCAUUCUCAACCACAUACAUUUAAGCCAAUCCCAAAAAGCAUCCUCCCAGGAUCCUUGCGAUUAUGUGCAUGUGGCUAUGUGUCAGGUCAUAAGCACAAACAAAUGAUAACACUAGUUCCAUUGUUACUCCAAUCUCCACACAGCCACCACGAGGAGUUGUAUCUCCAUCACAUGUCAUUGACAUACCCAGACCAGCUGCAGGGAGUUAUCAAAAGCACAGCGUUUGCACUAAAGAAAUGUCUCUGCUCUGUUUUAACCCUUUAAUUGGUUCUUAAUCCAUAAGCAUUUAAGGCAUAUAGGUGUUUCAUUCUACAACAUAUGUACUAGAAAAUCAUCCAUAUAUUCCCCCCUUUUGGGACCUUCUAAGUCCCAACCAAUAAAACAAAAGUUAACAUAAAAUGAGUGUAAGCAUGUGCAUAUACUUAUUCUUAGCCUUGCCAUCUGUGGUUAAAUUUUUAUAAGAAUAUAUAUUCAGACCAAUGUAUCUUCCUCAUUGUCUGACCCAUCCUGAUGAGGACAAGGAUCCCAGUCAGGUACUGGGUACAAAUCCAAAAGGUUUUCCUCUAAAUUAACCUCCAAGUUUUUCUGUUGAGCAUUGUAACCAUUGCUCCCCUUUUUGUUUUGUUGUAGCAUUUCCAAUAUACGUGGUAGUAUCCUAACACAUCAAAAUAUAUAAGAAAUAAAUGCAACUUUGUUUUAACCAUAAUAUCUAGGACAUGUUAAGAAUAGUGUCAACAAAUCUAGCUCACAUAACAUUUUUACCCAUAUCACAAGUAGUAUAACAAUCAAAAGAAUCAAUAUCAAUAUCUAAUCCAUGAAUUGCAAUGUCAACAUCCUUAGUUAUUAACAUAUGAAUAACUUAUUCAGAUCAAUCAGUCCACUUAUAAUUCGUAAUCAUAAUCAAAUUAAUUACCCAAAACAACUUUAGAAUGACAAUUCUUAGUUAGUCACCUUGGUUCCAUCAUUCAAAGUUAAAACUCUCACCUUGGCACAUAUUGACACUGGCAGAAUGUAUAUUUAUAUUAUCAUAAUUCUAGCAUUAACUUCCUCAUAACGAGAAUUACAACAGAUCAGCAUCUUAAUGCAUUCCUAGUCUAAAUUACUAUAAAUAUAGCAGUGUAUAAUUAGAUUUUAGUCAUUUAGCAGACGCUCUUAUCCAGAGCGACUUACAGGAGCAAUUAGGGAUAAGUGCCUUGCUCAAGGGCACAUCGACAGAUUUUUACCUAGUCGGCUCGGGGAUUAGAACCAUCGACCUUUCGGUUACUGGCACAACGCACUAAGCCACCUGCCGCCCUACCUUUUUAUUGAGGUUCACACCGUUCUGGACCAAAUUAUCUCUGCUAUGCAUCAAGACACCAUCCGUUGCAACCUCGAGAAAGGACAAAUCUUAACAAUUUAGUUGAGUUCAUUUCCAAUCCAAAACAUCCCUAUAAGCAAGUUAUUAUGUUUCACCAAUCAUUCUUAAUACCAAUUUCUAAUACUUGAUCCUGCUGCCUGAAUUUUUUUUCCUUAAGGGGUCCCUGUAUUCCAAAGGCUAUCUGUAUAAAUGCCACAUAUUUCACAUUCUCCCUUGUAUUCUUCCAAAUUCUAUAACCCAAUUGUUUUAUUGUACCACUCCUAUAUAUUUGCUCAUAGUCUAUUUGACAUUACUCUGCCGCUUUCCUUUUCCUUGUUCCUAUUCUAACCACUAAUUGCUUACCCUUCUCUCCCCAUCCUGGUUGAUUAUAAAAUUGUUCAUAUUUAGGAUUUCCUAAAUAUUACAAACAUUCUGCUGGCCAAUAUGGUCUUUCCGAGUUCCUUUAUAUGACAAAAGUUGUGGUUGAAUCAUAGCACAGUCCUAGUAACUGUGGAAAUGUUGAACUACUGUUAAUUAUUUAAAACGGAGAUGUGGUGCAUAUUAGACUAUUUUCUUUAUUUAAUUUUAAUGUAAUAUAUUGUACUCAUCUAUACCAAUCAUUGUUUAACGGCUCCUUCAAUUCCCUUUCUUCUGUAUCUGGUAUGGCUCUAACAUGUACAGGGUUUAGUGCACUUUCCCAAGGAAUAACUACUCCAACAACACUUCCCCCUGGAAAUCUAACACUAAAUACUACAUCAAAUUGUAUAUCUAAAUCUUGGGCUGUUCUCCUCAUGUCUAUGAUAAUAAUAAUAAUAAUAUAAUAUGCCAUUUAGCAGACGCUUUUAUCCAAAGCGACUUACAGUCAUGCGUGCAUACAUUUUUGUGUGGUCCCGGGGAUCGAACCCACUACCUUGGCGUUACAAGCGCCGUGCUCUACCAGCUGAGCUACAGAGGACCACACAUGAUUUCACCUGUCUCUUUCUUUCAUUAUCUUAAGGUCACACUACCCCAUGUGACUUCCCCAUACUCUUUGUGCUGGUUCCUCCCACACCAAUAAUAAUUUAACCCUUGAAUUUUAAUAGUGAUCCCUUCCUGCAUUUUAGUUAUGGUUCCUGCCUGUGCAAGAAUAUACAUUUUAAUCCUGUCUAUAUCCCUUCUAUGUCUUGUUCUUCUGCUCUUUACUAUUAUCAGUACCCCAUUCCCCUUAUUCUCAGGGAACUAGUCAAGUGCAGAAAAAUCAAUGAUGGGAUAUCUGGUGCGUCUUGAAUGUCUGGAAUAUCUCGAAGAUCUAGAAGGUCUCGAAGAUCUGCCCCUCCACCGAGGGAAUCAGCAAGAACACGUAGCUCAUCAGUAAUUGCCAUCCUGACCCAUCUGAUUCUCGCCAGCAUCCUCAGCUCUCUCAUCUCUCAGUCAUCGGUUCCCUCACUCUGGUACAAUGGUUUAGAUGAUACCAGGUCACGCUCCCCUCUAUCCGUACCGCCGUUGGUGUAACCUGGACGCCGAUGUAUGGUCACUUUAGCUGUUCAUCUUCUUCCGUCACUAGGGUCUCCGGAUCAGCCAGAGUCCCUCUCAAUCUAUCGACAUCGGUCUGCGAAGAGUGUCCUUCUACCAGCCUACCCAUAGGGAAGCUCGGAGUCACUGCUGCAAAGACACACAAACACAGACAAACACAAAAGACAACAAUGCUACCCAAUGGCAGGCCGUCUUCCUCUCCUGGGGUUGGAACACUCCUAUAGUGGGAAACAUGGAUCUAAGUAUCGGUCUCUCCCACUUUUACCAUCAUUGAGGUAGCCAACAACACCUGGUAUGGGCCCCUCCACAUAGGGUCUUUCCAGGUCUUUCUUCUGUAGUCUUUUGCCAUCACAUAGUCUCCAGGGCGCAGAAAAUACUCAGAUUCUCCUACUCAGUUGGGCAGAGUUAUCUUCACCCAUGAAAAUAAAAUCUUAAGAACAUUGUUAGGUUAGGUGAGACACAGUAUGCUACUUAUGUCCUCUCAUCCGUCAAGAGAAGCCUUGAGAUUAUGAAGCGCACCUCUUCCAGCUUGUUGUAGUCCACUCAUUUCAUAGACAUACCACCUCUACACCCUGCCUCCUAUCACAAAAACAAAAAAAAGAUUUAACCUAACCCAUAACACAUUAUUACUACUGCUCAUAUCCUUAAUACACCUUGCAUAUUUCCCCACAAAACCAUUAUAAAACAUUAAAACCUCUGUAAGCCCAACUUCCCCCCUAGGACACAUGCAUCACAUCGUGAUUCAUGUGUUCAAAAAACAAAACAACAACAAUAUUGUCUAUCAAACCAAAAAUAAUAACUAAACUUAAAAUGACAACCUUUGAGCAUAUCUUUACUUAACUGUAUCCCAUAACACUAUUCAAGGAAUACCUCUCCUUCAGGACUAACUCUCUCACUUCAUCCUUGUCCUGUUUGGACUAAUAUAUAGGAUUUUUUCCAAAUUAUAAACUUCUUCACAAUUAUCCUUAUUAUAUCUAACCCCCAAUUCAGCAUUCCUCUAGGAUUUACAGUGCGGGUGAUCAGGUCACACUAUAAAGCCAGGACAGAUUGCAGAGGUCAUUGAAAUCAUUCAAUGAAUUGUUCCAUCCAAUAGUAUACUACUCAUUAACAACCAUCAAAACAUUUCAUAAAUGUUGUAUCCCGAGCAUACUGUAAGUCCUUAGUACAGCUCUUUUCAAAAUAAAUCACACGUAUUUACUUAUCCCUCAGUAAAUAAAAACCCAAAUUACAUGUGUUUGCCCCUUUAAGAUAUUUCACUUCUAUCCCGUGAAAAAAACUAAAAUACAAAUAAAAAUCCUAUACAGCUAACAUUUCAUACUAAGUGGGUUGUUUGUGGUUAUUUAAACACCAUAUAGUAAAACAAUAAACAAACAAAAAUGACCAGGCCCUAUUUAUAGUCUCUGAAAGUAUUUCAAAGAAAAGAGAAAAUCACUACCCCCUUUUUCCUGGAAGAAAAAGUACACAUUUAGUUAGUUUACAUUUUGAUACCUCCUAACCAGUCCAAACAAUCGAAAUUCGAAAUUCUCUAUUCCCACAUCUACUCCUACUCAGAAAACCCUCAAGAACAUCACUUGUGACUGCUCCCUUCCCCGAUGAAUUCCACAAUCCAGAGCACAUAAAACAACAUAAAGUCCCAUAAGAUUUCAACCCCCGAGGCUUUUCCGUAACCUCAAAUACAGUCAAUUUCUCCGUGUAAGGAAUCAGUGAAAUUUGAUCGCAAGUAUCUAUUAAAAUGUUGUUUGAGACGUGGGUCUCCUACAUUUCCUUCAUCAUUCAUUCUGUAUGGGAUUUUCAUCAAUCCCAGAAAAGACUCCCAACCAAGACACAUCAGACAUUUAUCAUGUUUCAUUAAGUGGAAUAUACACCUAUAACAUAACAAACCCAUAACCACUUUCCAGUAAUCUAAUAAUUUCAACCUGUUGCUUUGUUUUUAGUAAAAAUAUAAAUUGUUGUGUAACCAAUCCAGAACCCACAAUAAGUUAGUGCCGUCUCCUGUCCCCUAGUCCAAAAUAAAUGCUUCUCUAGCUAUCCUGAUUUGGUCCUUCCCACAAGUUCUAAGACUGCUGCCAUUCAGCCAAGCUGGGCCCAUUCCCUUGCCAAUUACCAUGUUGUGGUUGCCUAGGCCAUCACGGCUUGGUAGGGCAAUCCCUUCUUGUAUGUCCUGAUUGACUGCACCCCCAGCAGACCCCUGGUCUUCUUGGUCCACCAUUCUGGUUUUGCCACUGUCCAAGGGAUUGUUGUGUGUACACAUUCACUACUGGUAAGGUAGGAGCUCUUUGGCCUUGCUGCUGAGGCAGUGGUUGUUGACCUUCCUGGACGACAGGUGUAGCUUGUGUUUUGUCCUUUCUUACCAUCUCUUCCAGCUGCAACUGUCCCAGUUUUCUCAGAAUCUCUCUCCAUUGCUUCACCAAUUUCCGUUCAUCCCUCCUGUAUUUCUCCAUUGCGUGUAUAAUAUGGUCGCAGAAUUCUUUGCGGGAUUCUGCCGUUAGUCCCACCACAUCUUCUAAUUGGCUUCUGACAGGGGUUGGCAUUGCUUCCAUCAAUGAUGUCCUGAACAGUAUUGUCAUCAGUGGAUCCCCCUCUGGAUCUCUUUCUGUUUCUUGUUCAGAGUUAGCAUACUGUUCAAGUUCUUCAUCCUCCUCAUUACUUGUCUUCUCCACAUCCUUUUUCCCAUCAUACUCUUGUUCAUCCAUCACAGUCUAUAUCUAACUGUGAUUGUUCUCCUCUUCCUGGUGUGAAAACCUGCUGCUUCCUUUUUUCUGCUUCUGUCUCUACAUUCCCUGUUAUUGAGACUAGACUCGUAACCUGAGAAUACUGCCCCCCUUCUGUGUGUGGUGGUGGUGUAAUUAAGCCAGCCUUUUUUGGGUCACUCUCCCUCUAUUGUUAUCCUUCUAGCUUUGUAUCAUUACUGGAUUAAUGACAUAUGUAAUAACUGUUUCGCAUUAGAUUGUGCCUUUUUCUGAUGUUGUAAUUGUAGCCUAUUGCAUUAAUUUAGUUUUAAAAUACAAACUUGUUGUUGAACAAAUCUAGAACCUACAUUAAGUCGGUACUAUCCCAUCAGCAUAAUAGUUAAAACUACCUACACUCCACUGGUCCACGUAGCAAAAACAAAUUAUUAUUUUAGAAUUCAUUAACUAUUUGCAUACAUCACUGGUAUCACGCAAACUAUAGAAUAAAGUAAUAACAAUUAGAGUUUGUCAAAUAAAUGUUUUCCAUCCAACUAUUCAGACUUGCUUCAAAUAUCUCUUUCAGCUCGAUACAGUCAAGCAAGUACGACUCUCUUUUACCCGAGAACUAAAACAUGGCAUUAGUAAAGUGUAUUCACAACCCAACAAUAACUAAUAGUAUAUUUGUAUUCAUAUUAUUAAAAGACGUUACUUUCAUUCCAGUCUACCUAAACAAUUCAAAUUAUGGCCAUAACUCUAUCGCAAUUGCCAGUCCGCUAUUCAAAUGUAUGUAACUGUCCUUUCUGAUUGGACUAUAGUCACUCCUCCCUCUUUCCCGUUGAAUAAGUGAGUCCUUCAGUCUGAAAAGACGCAGGCUGCUAAAUCGUCCAGUCUUAUCCUGACUGUUCCGUCAAUCUAAACAACCCACAACCAUAGUUGAACUAUACUUAGAAAACCUAGACUCUAAUCAGCGAUGUAGAAUCUAUGCUUUAUUGAAAUGACAAGUAAAUCCUCCUUUAUUCCAAUGAUAAUGGUCAGUAGUUUUAGUAUCUGGCACAUACCACACUUUAUCAGAAAAUAGCUUUACAGGACUAAGAUUUCACAAGCUAGAAGCUUUAGCAUUCAACAAGUCAAAUCUACAUUCAUUAAUUUGGAAACAGAUCUAACGAAUUCAAUCAAAUUGAUUAUGUUCUUUCCCCCUAUUAUACUAAAAUUCCUUUACUCACUUUUGCUUCAAAAUGAUAGAUAGUUAUCAUAAUGCCUACUCUUUUUUCUAUCAAAUGAUCUAUGUACUUUCUCCCACCCCUCACAUACGUCUAUGUUUUUGGGUGUGCAAAUCAGCACCUAUUAUUUUAUCCAAUCCCUCGUAAUAAAUUACACUCACAUAAAAUUCAUUAUAUUCUAAUAUAUUCACAUCUACCAAACCAUUCAUGUUUCUAAUGAUUCUUUAUUGCCACAAAUCAGUUAAUCACAAUCUAGUCUCAGCGGAACGAACAACAAAUUACCCAAAUCCUUCCCCUCAGUCAUAGAAUCCUCCCAGAAUCGUAUAGGCUGGUCACUAUUCACUGAUCUUACAAAAUUCUAUGACAGGCAUUGUUGUAGGAAACUCCAAGAUAUCAUUUACAUGAAAAGCUUAUUAUUCAAACGUAUAUAUAAUUAUCAUACACACCUCUAUAUCUCAUCAUUCAAACUUCAGAGUGCGACUCAUUUACACCAUUAUACCACUCUCAUUCCACAUUCAUACAAUGUUGUUCUCAAACGCGCUUAAUUACUAUUUGUAUAACCUACAGGAAUAUUUUAUUCUAUCAAAGGGCCCAAAUUUGGAAUGUUUAACCCUAUUCCAGUUAUUAUUUAACUGUAGUCAAUUUAUCACAAUCCUACAUCACCUCUAAAGUUUCCAAAUAUGUCAGAAACAUACCCUGAAAGAUUGACCAAAAUACAAUGCAUAGACGUCAUAUGAUCACACCGGUACACGUGACCUGUUCCUCCAACAGGAUUCCUCAUACCCCUCCUAGUAAUGUGAAUUUUCCACUCAGUUGGUAAAUGUAUAUCCCCAUAACAUUAAUUAUUCUCUUUCCUAAUGCGAGAUUGGGCAUACCCUUUCUCCACCAGGCAGAAGCUUCAAACGACCUCAAAUAUAGUUCCUUUCCUUACAGAAAAGGCUAUUACUUGCAGGAUUUCUUAUUAUUCUCACUCACACAGAUGAGCAGCCACUUGUGCCCAAAUGAAUCAGACAGUUGAAUGACUCACAGUAGCCCAAGCAAACCACUCAUCCACAUGAGAUGAUCAGACCUACUCUAUAUAACACUUUCUCUAUAUUUUGAAGCCUUAGUGGCUGUUUAACCCGUUCACCUACUCAGGAUGACCGGUGUUAACUCCAAUUUAUGUCACCUACUCCGGAUGACCUAUCCUUUUACCUGAUCGACCCUUUCUGAUUCACUUUCCCCGACACAAGAAAUACAUUUUUAUACAGGAUUUCUAUCUACCUAUAUAGCCCUUUAGGUGAUUCACUUCCUCGACACACGCUUACUGGACUUCUAUCUUACGCUUUCCUAAGCGACCUGUAAAUUCAGCCCUUUUUUCUGAUUUUUCGACACAGAAAAAAGCGGUAUUGCACAGGAUUUCUGCCUACCUAAGCAGCCCUCUAAACAAUACACUUCCUCGACACGUUUAGAGCGGUAUCUGUAGGGCUUUUUACCAAUUUAUUCUCUGAUCGUUCAAACAGAUGGACAGCCGCCCAUGCCAAAGCAACCCAGACAAAGCAAUCAGCAGGAUUAAUCAAAUGAAUUGAACAGACGGUUCAGACGAACAACAGAGUGACAUCGACAUGUAUUCUUAAAUCCAAAAGCUCCCAGUCUCUAAUUUUCUGGUUCUUAAAUUUGGAGAGACCUACUUGGUAUUCUGCAGCUGAGGCCGGGCCCUGGAUCGAACCACACAAACUUUAUACUAUAUUCUUACUAAGUAAGAACUUGGCUUACCUUUUUUUUUUUAAAGCGGCCGCUUUGUUUGUAUGGUCCGUCCAAGCCGUUUCACAGCCACAGAUGUCCACCGUCUCUGGUCCCUGUUUCCAACUCCUGCCAACGCUCGCCAUUUAUGGCGUAGAAAUAUUUGACUCAAAAGUAGCCAACUCUAAAAUAUCUCUCAAGAAACUGGAGCUUGUGAUUCCAAAAUGUAGACUUUAUUGUUGUGUAACAAAGCCGAGCUGCUCCAUGGAACACCUGCCUCUCCUUGGCUCAAAGAUCUCCUUUUAUACAAAUACAAAUGCAUAGUCAUGCUUACAUAGAAUAUACAGUUACCCCCUUAAGGCAAAUUAUUAACUUCUUUCAGUGCCACGUUGUUUUACUCACGAGGGCUACUUGCGCUUCUCUAAAUGGGGCCUCUGUAUCUUAUUAGUGGCGUAACUCAAACAAUUAUGUACAGUGGGGGAAAAAAGUAUUUAGUCAGCCACCAAUUGUGCAAGUUCUCCCACUUAAAAAGAUGAGAGAGGCCUGUAAUUUUCAUCAUAGGUACACGUCAACUAUGACAGACAAAUUGAGAAGAAAAAAAAAGAUUUCUGGCUCUCACAGACCUGUAACUUCUUCUUUAAGAGGCUUCUCUGUCCUCCACUCGUUACCUGUAUUAAUGGCACCUGUUUGAACUUGUUAUCAGUAUAAAAGACACCUGUCCACAACCUCAAACAGUCACACUCCAAACUCCACUAUGGCCAAGACCAAAGAGCUGUCAAAGGACACCAGAAACAAAAUUGUAGACCUGCACACGGCUGGGAAGACUGAAUCUGCAAUAGGUAAGCAGCUUGGUUUGAAGAAAUCAACUGUGGGAGCAAUUAUUAGGAAAUGGAAGACAUACAAGACCACUGAUAAUCUCCCUCGAUCUGGGGCUCCACGCAAGAUCUCACCCCGUGGGGUCAAAAUGAUCACAAGAACGGUGAGCAAAAAUCCCAGAACCACACGGGGGGACCUAGUGAAUGACCUGCAGAGAGCUGGGACCAAAGUAUCAAAGCCUACCAUCAGUAACACACUACGCAUGUAGAGGUCUGUAAUUUUUAUCAUAGGUACACUUCAACUGUGAGAGACGGAAUCUAAAACAAAAAUCCAGAAAAUCACAUUGUAUGAUUUUUAAGUAAUUAAUUUGCAUUUUAUUGCAUGACAUACAGUGGGGGAAAAAAGUAUUUAGUCAGCCACCAAUUGUGCAAGUUCUCCCACUUAAAAAGAUGAGAGGCCUGUAAUUUUCAUCAUAGGUACACGUCACCUAUGACAGACAAAUUGAGAAGAAAAAAAAAUCAGAAAACCACAUUGUAAGAUUUCUAAUGAAUUUAUUUGCAAAUUAUGGUGGAAAAUAAGUAUUUGGUCAAUAACAAAAGUUUCUCAAUACUUUGUUAUAUACCUUUUGUUGGCAAUGACACCGGUCAAACGUUUUCUGUAAGACUUCACAAGGUUUUCACACACUGUUGCUGGAAUUUUGGCCCAUUCCUCCAUGCAGAUCUCCUCUAGAGCAGUGAUGUUUUGGGGCUGUCGCUGGGCAACACAGACUUUCAACUCCCUCCAAAGAUUUUCUAUGGGGUUGAGACCGUUUCAUCUGACCAUAUGACAUUCUCCCAAUCCUCUUCUGGAUCAUCCAAAUGCACUCUAGCAAACUUCAGACGGGCCUGGACAUGUACUGGCUUAAGCAGGGAGACACGUCUGGCACUGCAGGAUUUGAGUCCCUGGCGGCGUAGUGUGUUACUGAUGGUAGGCUUUGUUACUUUGGUCCCAGCUCUCUGCAGGUCAUUCACUAGGUCCCCCCGUGUGGUUCUGGGAUUUUUGCUCACCGUUCUUGUGAUCAUUUUGACCCCACGGGGUGAGAUCUUGCGUGGAGCCCCAGAUCGAUGGAGAUUAUCAGUGGUCUUGUAUGUCUUCCAUUUCCUAAUAAUUGCUCCCACAGUUGAUUUCUUCAAACCAAGCUGCUUACCUAUUGCAGAUUCAGUCUUCCUAGCCUGGUGCAGGUCUACAAUUUUGUUUCUGGUGUCCUUUGACAGCUCUUUGGUCUUGGCCAUAGUGGAGUUUGGAGUGUGACUGUUUGAGGUUGUGGACAGGUGUCUUUUAUACUGAUAACAAGUUCAAACAGGUUCCAUUAAUACAGGUAACGAGUGGAGGACAGAGGAGCCUCUUAAAGAAGAAGUUACAGGUCUGUGAGAGCCAGAAAUCUUGCUUGUUUGUAGGUGACCAAAUACUUAUUUUCCACCAUAAUUUGCAAAUAAAUUCAUUAAAAAUCAUACAAUGUGAUUUUCUGGAGAAAAAAAUUCUCAAUUUGUCUGGCAUAGUUGACGUGUACCUAUGAUGAAAAUUACAGACCUCUCUCAUCUUUUUAAGUGGGAGAACUUGCACAAUUGGUGGCUGACUAAAUACUUUUUUUCCCCACUGUAAGUAUUUGAUCACCUACCAACCAGUAAGAAUUCCGGCUCUCACAGACCUGUUAGUUUUUCUUUAAGAAGCCCUCCUGUUCUCCACUAUUACCUGUAUUAACUGCACCUGUUUGAACUCGUUACCUGUAUAAAAGACACCUGUCCACACACUCAAUCAAACAGACUCCAACCUCUCCACAAUGGCCAAGACCAGAGAGCUGUGUAAGGACAUCAGGGAUAGAAUUGUAGACCUGCACAAGGCUGGGAUGGGCUACAGGACAAUAGGCAAGCAGCUUGGUUAGAAGGCAACAACUGUUGGCGCAAUUAUUAGAAAAUGGAAGAAGUUCAAGAUGACUGUCAAUCACCCUCGGUCUGGGGGUCCAUGCAAGAUCUCACCUCAUGGGGCAUGAAUGAUCAUGAGGAAGGUGAGGGAUCAGCCCAGAACUACACGGCAGGACCUGGUCAAUGACCUGAAGAGAGCUGGGACCACAGUCUCAAAGAAAACCAUUAGUAACACACUACGCCGUCAUGGAUUAAAAUCCUGCAGCCCACGCAAGGUCCCCCUGCUCAAGCCAGCGCAUGUCCAGGCCCGUCUGAAGUUUGCCAAUGACCAUCUGGAUGAUUCAGAGGAGGAAUGGGAGAAGGUCAUGUGGUCUGAUGAGACAAAAAUAGAGCUUUUUGGUCUAAACUCCACUCGCCGUGUUUGGAGGAAGAAGAAGGAUGAGUACAACCCCAAGAAUACCAUCCCAACCGUGAAGCAUGGAGGUGGAAACAUCAUUCUUUGGGGAUGCUUUUCUGCAAAGGGGACAGGACGACUGCACCGUAUUGAGGGGAGGAUGGAUGGGGCCAUGUAUCGCGAGAUCCAACAACCUCCUUCCCUCAGUAAGAGCACUGAAGAUGGGUCGUGGCUGGGUCUUCCAGCAUGACAACGACCUGAAACACACAGCCAGGGCAACUAAGGAGUGGCUCCGUAAGAAGCAUCUCAAGGUCCUGGAGUGGCCUAGCCAGUCUCCAGACCUGAACCCAAUAGAAAAUCUUUGGAGGGAGCUGAAAGUCCGUAUUGCCCAGCGACAGCCCCGAAACCUGAAGGUCUGUAUGGAGGAGUGGGCCAAAAUCCCUGCUGCAUUGUGUGCAAACCUGGUCAAGACCUACAGGAAACGUAUGAUCUCUGUAAUUGCAAACAAAGGUUUCUGUACCAAAUAUUAAGUUCUGCUUUUCUGAUGUAUCAAAUACUUACAGUGGGGGAAAAAAGUAUUUAGUCAGCCACCAAUUGUGCAAGUUCUCCCACUUAAAAAGAUGAGAGAGGCCUGUCAUUUUCAUCAUAGGUACACGUCAACUAUGACAGACAAAAUGAGAAAAAAAAUCCAGAAAAUCACAUUGUAAGAUUUUUUAUGAAUUUAUUUGCAAAUUAUGGUGGAAAAUAAGUAUUUGGUCAAUAACAAAAGUUUCUCAAUACUUUGUUAUAUACCCUUUGUUGGCAAUGACACAGGUCAAACGUUUUCUGUAAGUCUUCACAAGGUUUUCACACACUGUUGCUGGUAUUUUGGCCCAUUCCUCCAUGCAGAUCUCCUCUAGAGCAGUGAUGUUUUGGGGCUGUCGCUGGGCAACACAGACUUUCAACUCCCUCCAAAAAUGUUCUAUGGGGUUGAGAUCUGGAGACUGGCUAGGCCACUCCAGGACCUUGAAAUGCUUCUUACGAAGCCACUCCUUCGUUGCCCGGGUGGUGUGUUUGGGAUCAUUGUCAUGCUGAAAGACCCAGCCACGUUUCAUCUUCAAUGCCCUUGCUGAUGGAAGGAGGUUUUUUACUCAAAAUCUCACGAUACAUGGCCCCAUUCAUUCUUUCCUUUACACGGAUCAGUCGUCCUGGUCCCUUUGCAGAAAAACAGCCCCAAAGCAUGAUGUUUCCACCCCCAUGCUUCACAGUAGGUAUGGUGCUCUUUGGAUGCAACUCAGCAUUCUUUGUCCUCCAAACACGACGAGUUGGAGUUUUUACCAAAAAGUUAUAUUUUGGUUUCAUCUGACCAUAUGACAUUCUCUCAAUCCUCUUCUGGAUCAUCCAAAUGCACUCUAGCAAACUUCAGACGGGCCUGGACAUGUACUGGCUUAAGCAGGGGGACACGUCUGGCACUGCAGGAUUUGAGUCCCUGGGGGCGUAGUGUGUUACUGAUGGUAGGCUUUGUUACUUUGGUCCCAGCUCUCUGCAGGUCAUUCACUAGGUCCCCCCGUGUGGUUCUGGGAUUUUUGCUCACCGUUCUUGUGAUCAUUUUGACCCCACGGGGUGAGAUCUUGCGUGGAGCCCCAGAUCGAGGGAGAUUAUCAGUGGUCUUGUAUGUCUUCCAUUUCCUAAUAAUUGCUCCCACAGUUGAUUUCUUCAAACCAAGCUGCUUACCUAUUGCAGAUUCAGUCUUCCCAGCCUAGUGCAGGUCUACAAUUUUGUUUCUGAUGUCCUUUGACAGCUCUUUGGUCUUGGCCGUAGUGGAGUUUGGAGUGUGACUGUUUGAGGUUGUGGACAGGUGUCUUUUAUACUGAUAACAAGUUCAAACAGGUGCCAUUAAUACAGGUAACGAGUGGAAGACAGAGGAGCCUCUUAAAGAAGAAGUUACAGGUCUGUGAGAGCCAGAAAUCUUGCUUGUUUGUAGGUGACCAAAUACUUAUUUUCCACCAUAAUUUGUAAAUAAAUUCAUAAAAAAUCCUACAAUGUGAUUUUCUGGAAAAAAAAUUCUCAUUUUGUCUGUCAUAGUUGACGUGUACCUAUGAUGGAAAUUACAGGCCUCUCUCAUCUUUUUAAGUGGGAGAACUUGCACAAUUGGUGGCUGACUAAAUACUUUUUUCCCCCACUGUAUGUCAUGCAAUAAAAUGCAAAUUAAUUACUUAAAAAUCAUACAAUGUGAUUUUCUGGAUUUUUGUUUUAGAUUCCGUCUCUCACAGUUCAAGUGUACCUAUGAUAAAAAUUACAGACCUCUACAUGCUUUGUAAGAAGGAAAACCUGCAAAAUCGGCAGUGUAUCAAAUACUUGUUCUCCCCACUGUAGGUGUUUCAUUCUACAACAUAUGUACUAGAAAAUCAUCCAUAAUACACACAUACACACACUAUGACACACACACACACACCUCAUGACACAAACAAACUAUGACACACACACAUACACGCACUAUGAAGUGGUAAUGCCCGAGAAGCCGGUGUUUGGAGGAUAUAUUGGCACAGGUGUUGUUAGGCCCAAGACAAAGUCGAGCCAAUAUAUCCUCCAAACACCGGCUUCUCGGGCAUCAUCACUUUUAUACAAUUGGUUACCAACAUAUUCAAAUAAUGAUUUACAUAUUUUCAUGAAAACGUUAUUUUGAUUAAUUUAUUCAAACAAUUUCAUUCUUCCACAAGAUAUAGUCCCGACACAAAUCUAGGGUUGAUAGAGACGCGACCCAGUCGUUCAGUCUUUUUGUUCUGUAUCUAUGGACUCAACCCAGUCAUUCGUUCUAAAUGUUCUAUUGCCAUGCUGGCUGGCAACAUUCUUAUCCCUUGCUUGCGAGCUAGCCAACUAUGGCUAACUUACAGUCACCUCAAAAAGUGCAGCCAGAAUAAAAGCAAAGUAGCUGCAUUUGCAUUUGUUUAAGUUGUUUUCUAGUGACAUUUUAUUUGGAUACGUCCAUAAUAAUAAUAAUAAUAAUAUGCCAUUUAGCAGACGCUUUUAUCCAAAGGGACUUACAGUCAUGCGUGCAUACAUAAUGCAUGCAUACAAUGAGCUAAUGAGGCAUGAUUUCGCCUGACAUAGAAAAUGUGCUCUCUCGUCAGGACACUGUUGUUCAGAGGAGCUAGCCAACAACACAGCUACAGUAACACAAUCACUUCAAACUGAAGCUGGAAAGACUGCAAAUUAGCUGCGUUUCAUUUUACCUUUAUUCAAUUGACAUUUUUUUGUAUAUAUCCAUAAAAACGAUGCAAGCUGAUUCAUGAUUUCGACUGGCUGAGAAACACCGCCUGCCUGUCUGUCUCGUCCCGACUCCCGACACGUUCAUUACUAUGGGACAGCAGUAGAUCAAAUUUGAAUAUUGAAACAUUGUUGCAAAUGUCGGAGAGACAGACAGCAAAGUUUAUACAAAUCUCCACUGUUGAAAACGAAAUGUUAGUCUAAAAGAAAUGUGAGAUAAUAUCUAGAUGCUUUUUAUAAUGGAGAUCAAGUUUAUAAAUUGCCUGGCUGGGCUGAUGAGACAGUGGAUUGCGCAGUCAGAUGGAACAGAAUAAAUAGGCAUUUUAACGUCAUAGAUUUAGCCGGUGGCUAUUUGUGGAAUAGACACCGGCUGGAAUGCGGUUUUAACCAAUCAGCAUUCAGGAUUAGACCCACACGUUGUAUAAUAAUGCAUACACUACACUCACAACCAUUGCCAUACAGUUCUCUCCCACAUGUUCUAAUCUGAAAUGUGGCUUUUUAAGGUAUCGCUGCAGGAUUGUUGUUUUGCAAACUAACUGAAAAUAUGAUACUAUUUGUUUCAAAUCUUGCUGACAUAAUAUUGUAGGAGUUUCCAUAGCAACCAAAUUACUAUUCACAUCAAGGUCUCUACCAACGUCACAUCAUUGAUUCAAUGCAUGACUGUGGAUUAAGAAAAAGGUCCCUUUCUGCUUUUUAUGCACAAACAACGUGUAGGAACUCAUUGCUGUCAAUAGUGUACUGUAUAUGCAUAGCAUUACAGAAGGGCAAGUUCAUUCAUAAGCACAAAAAGUACUACUGUGUUGGUAUCCUAUACUGACUCUGUCCUUGUCACUUCCCACAGUGUUUCAGGUGGACUGGAGAAAACUCCUUCUUCAUAAAGGGAGACCUGGACUCUUUUGCUAUCGGAGGAGGAAGGUGGGGUCACUCACAGUCAUACCAAUAUGUCUUAGGUUAUGGUUUUCUUGAUGCUGAUGUUAUUUCUGUUUGCUUGACACGUACUGCACAUUGGUGCCACAGCUACACUACAUGACCAAAAGUAUGUGGACACCUGCUUGUCGAACAUAUAAUUCCAAAAUCAUCGGCAUUAAUAUGGAGUUGGUCCCCCCUUUGCUGCAAUAACAGCCUCCACUAGAUGUUGGAACAUUGCUGCGGGGACAUGCUUCCAUUCGUUGGGCAUGGGGGCAUUUCCAUGCUGAAACAGGAAAGGGCCUUCCCCAAUCUGUUGCCACAAAGUUGGAAGCACAGAAUCUUCUAGAAUGUCAUUGUAUGCUGUAGCUUUAAGAUUUCCCUUCACUGGAACAAAGGGGCUUAGCCCGAAACCAUGAAAAACAGCCCCAGACCAUUAUUCCUCCUCCACCAAACUUUACAGUUGGCACUAUGCAUUGGGGCAGGUAGCUUUAUCCUGGCAUCCGCCAAACCCAGAUUUGUCCGUCGGACUGCCAGAUGGUGAAGUGUGAUUCAUCACUCCAGAGAACGCGUUUCCACUGCUCCAGAGUCUAAUGGCGGUGAGCUUUACACCACUCCAGCCGACGCUUGGCAUUGCGCAUGGUGAUGUUACGCCUUGAUCACACCGACAGUGUUUUUAGGCAAAAUGGUACGCAGCAUCAUCUGGAUAUGUGUGCAACAAAAGUUCAACAUUCACCUUCUGCUACCAUUUCUGUCAAGCCAUCUAUGCAUACAGUUUGACGCAUACGUUCGAUAAAUCCAACGUAUACACCACACAGAACGCAUUGCAACUGCCUCUGCAACGCAAUGCUGCAAGGCUAAUGCAGCGUUCCAUUGGAAAGGAAUGUCCUUCUGGUGUGCCAAAAUGCAAUGACGCUGUCUGUGUGAUUGAGGCGUUAGGCUUGUGUACGGCUGCUUGGCCAUGGAAACCCAUUUCAUGAAGCUCCCGACAAACAGUUAUUGUGCUGACGUUGCUUCCAGAGUCAGUUUGGAACUCUGUAGUGAGUGUUGCAACCGAGGACAGACGAUUUUUACGCUCUUCAGCACUCGGCGGUCCCGUUCUGUGAGCUUGGCCUACCACUUCGCGGCUGAGCCGUUGUUGCUCCUAGACGUUUCCACUUCACAAUAACAGCACUUACAGUUGACCAGGGCAGCUCUAGCAGGGCAGAAAUGUGAUGAACUGAUGUGUUGGAAAGGUGGCAUCCUAUGACGGUGCCACGUUGAAAGUCACUGAGCUCUUCAGUAAGGCCAUUCUACUGCCAAUGUUUGUCUAUGGAGAUUGCAUGACUGUGUGCUCGAUUCUAUACACCUGUCAGCAACAGGUGUGGCUGAAAUAGCAAAAUCCACUAAUUUGAAGGGGUGUCCACAUACUCUUGUAUAUAUCGUGUAUGUGUCAAUAUGUUUAGGAGAACACAUUACUUUACUCUAAAACAAUGAACAAGGAACUGAGUUUCUCGCUCUCUCUUCCCCAGUGGUCACUUUGGCCUGUGGCUGGAUGAGAUGCUGUACCUGGGCAGGAGUAGCCCAUGUUACACCUUCAACAACUGCUGCCUCUCGGAAAGAGACGACUUCCACGUCAUGGAGCUGGAGGUGUGGACGUUCUGGUGA